UGCUGGGCCACAGCAGGUGGCUCCCUCGCUCUAUACUCUGGUUCUCCUGAUAGUCGUGAUGUGGUGGUAGUACUAAUGUCGUUUGAUUAGGACACAUCAACAGGUACAGUUGGUCAAAUCCUGAUUUGUUCGAGUCCUUACGUCCAGGUGUGCGCAAAUUAAAAAAAGUUCUCGGUUAUCGGUACUAUAUCGGUCUUGAGAAGCAGUAUCGGUUUGAAAAAAAAGAUAUUGUGCACCUCUACCAUAUGUGUAUCGCCAACUCACAAACGUCUGUGGAAGCGACACUUCCUCACUGACAGUGAGGUGCGUUCACUGACACUCCGAAAAUCGCCCGUCUUUAUUAUGCAUGGUCUAAAUAAACAGAAAGACAAAAGAAAACAGUGAGCGAAUAUUUUUAUCACUCACUAACGUAACUCCUACUGCAGAAGUACAAUUUGCUGCCUUUAAGUAUGCUCGGAAGUCCCAGAGAACGCAUCUACCUGUACACUCAAAACAUGGGAAUUCAACUUAAGUUACGUGGUGUCUUUGAACGCAUCCCUUCAUGGCUCAUGCGACUGUUAGUGUGAUUCAAAUGUUGUGCUACUAUUUAAAAAAAAAUAGUGUGUGCUAUCUUUUAGCUUGAGUUAGAUUGGCAGUUCAUUUGGAGCUGUUAACUCAUACAAAUACAUAUCAUUGUGUCCGCUCAUUUAUCUUUCUCUUCAUAAAAUACAGCAAAAGUAGGCGUACUUCACACAUCGUGGCAAAUGGUGAUUAAUCCUGAUUAAUUCAUUUGACAGCUGUGAUUAAGGCGAUGUAAAUUUGUGGCUUCCAAAAUUCCCUCCCACCCGAAAAGGUAGAAAAGCACUGUUUUUUCUGCAGGCAGUGUGAAAGAGGUUACUUUCACUUUGCAGACGUGCAUGCUCAAAUGUUCCCAUGGUGCAUUUCCUUCCCGGUGCGUGAUGGAAAUUUACAGUUGUGGGAUUUUUUUUUUUUCAUCUGUUAGUCCAAAGUAUUUGAAGGCAUCAUUAUGAUUUUUUUUAACACCCCUGCGACACAAAGUGGUUAAUUACACAAAUAACAGUGUGUACCAGCCCUGUAAUGAGUUUAUAGCUUUUAUUGCGAGCCAAGAAUGUGCAGGGCUGUUUGUCAAGGUUGCAUCCAGCAGAAAGUUCACACUCACAGCGGACUCGAAUGCUUUGCGAUGGCUUAGUUUUGACAAGCGACGCAGCCAGCUAGAGCACUGGGUUUUGCCUUUUUGACUUUUGUCCAAUUUUUGGUCACUCUUGGUGAUGAUCAGAGAGUACAGUGGCACCUCGGUGAACGUCCGCCCCGGUUAGCAAGCGUGUUUUUCGGUUAACGUCAAAAAUGGUUUGCGUGCAUUCUUUGGUUAGCGUACAAUAUGGCGUGAGUCUUGUCAUGUUGUUAAUACACUGCAUGAGUCCAACAUCAUCCUCAAUCCUUAUGAGACGUCUUUCUCUUUUCUGUGCGUUCUGAAAAUAUCUAAAAAUAAAAAGAGGCAUCUAAUAAAUGCGCGUAAUGGGACACACCUACUCCGCCUAGAAAGGCCGCUAUUAAAACACCUCCAACAAGGCUUUAUGGUUUUCUAUCCAUGCUGUGAGCAUGUAGUAACAGGUACAUUCAUGAUAACAUGUCAUACUUCCAGUAUUUUGGGAACUUCCUUCCUGGGUGCAUAGAUUUCACAUAGCAACAUACUGGAGAAAGGAACGCAACAAUUCUAUCUGUCUUAAAGGCUGGACAAGACAGGGUUAGGAAAAAAAAAGAAAGGAACGCUACACCUAGAAUCAAAAACAAAAAUAUGUAGCGUUACCUUCCGCUAGUGGCCUGAGGCAUUGUGAGCGAGUGUGUAGUGACGCUAGUUGUUAGCCGGCUAGUAGCUUGCUGGUGUGGGUGUGGCGAGGUGUCACUACGUCAGUGUCGUAGUUCUUGGGCAUAACAAUGUUAAUAACAAUAAUAAUGAGAAUGUUGCUGUAGCUUGGUUCAUAUGCAAAUCGCAUUAUGUAAAUGGAACGGUAUUGGCACUUUUUGGAGGUUUUUUCAGAAAGCUUUGUAGGAGGAAUAGGUGCAUCCCAUUACGUGCAUUCUUAGCUUCCUCUUUUUAGCUGUUUUUAUGUUUUCAGAAGGCACAGAAAAAAGAGACGUGUGUUCAUGUCUCACAUAAGGAUUCCAAAAAAGUGCACUUUUCCUUUUAAGAACUACGUUUUAUUUAUUAUUUAUUUACAAAUAAUCCAGUUAUUUUUUCUUAUUUUAAAUACAUAUGUUCCACUUCCAUCAUGUUCUAUUAUAUCGCUUAAAAUUCACUCUUUUUUUCCCCUCUUCUUUUCAGUAAAGAAAAAAAACACAUUUUAGAGCUGUAAUUUUGAAACCGUGAUAUUUUUGCCCAAGGUUAUCAUACUGCCAGAAUCUCAUACGGCGCGUGCCUAGCAUAGAGUAUACUUAGUUUGCUAUUAGCUUUACUAGCUUAGCAGUGGGCUUUAAUUCCCCACAGGGCGUGUCACAUUGAAGCCACGGUCUGCAGUGGCAUCACUUAACGUGGCACCACAGCGCUGGAAGGUUCGGGUUUCGCAGCAUGCAGAAGGUCAUUUGCGAGAGUGCAGCAUAAGGUCAUUUUGCCUGCGACGUUGUUGUCCAAGAAGCGUCGACUGUGCAGUUUGGCGACUUCCACAGCAGCGGGUGUGGUGAUGGUGUCAUGUGAGCCUAAUAUGACCCUGGAGGGUCUGUUUGGCGGGGCUUUGCUACUUUGUGCUAGUUGUUUUUGAGGUUUUGUUCUUGUGUUUAGAGGCUGGAUGUUCAAAUUCAAUUUCCUCCCCCCUCCUUCUCCGCCUCCACUGCAGUGUUCUCCUUCUGGGUUGUCUUAUCUGCAUGCUCUCUCUCUUGCACACACACACACACACACACACACACACACACACACACACACACACACACACAUUGCCUCACACUCUUCCCCCCUGCAGCUUCCUCGUCUGUGUCUGCCACCAUCAGACACAGCGACUGAUGAUAUCUCUACCCCUCCUGUCUCUACUCUCCUAUUGUUUAUACACACGCUGUCCACCAUGACUUCCUACUAUUUCAAGUGGGACUUAAAUUUCAACAUUUUUAGACACUUGAAUGAUGUCAACUGUCACGUUCUCCUCCUCACCUGCCUUCUGGAGUCCUUGUGUACAGUUUGAAAAGCAGCAUGUGCCUCGGCCAUGACUGUGCUUUGCCAGUGGGGGGAGAAAAAAAAACCUGGCAAGGACAUGCUCUGCGGAGGGAGGAGCUGCUGUGGGAAACCGCCGCAUCCAUUGGCCGUCCGCUCGCUGCUUCCGGCCCUGCGCAAGCGCGCCCGAUUGGCUGCAGCCUCACAUCAGAGGAGGCUGCAGCAGCUUCUUCUCUUUUCCGCCCUAUUCCGUCCUCUCCCACUUUUAGUUGAGUGUCUGCCCGCCUGCCUGCCUGCCUGCGUGGUAGUUGUUAAUCAUCCCUGUGGCCGUUUCAAGGACGCCGCCUCUUGCAGUGUGAUUCAUGUCAAGUUAGUCUGCUCCAGGAAGUUGACGUGACGUCUCUGUCCAUCCUCCCUCCUUCCCUCCCUCUCUCUCUGCUGUAUCACUUAAUCAAGACAUAUCUCCCCCUUUCCAUGCUCCACUCCCCUCCGUAUUUGUUUGUCGCUUGUUUCUCCUUCCUGCCUCGUGGUCCUCAUCACCACCACCCUCCUCCCUCCUCCUGCCUGCAGCCUCACCACACAAGCAGGCACCAGGCACAGCGCCACAAGGGCACCCAGAGGAGAGGUCGGGAGAAUGAUGAGGGGGGAGUAAACAGCAGCAAAGGAGGAAGUGGAACUCCAAAGUGCCUACUGUGAGGAGUCAUCUGCCACUUUAUUUUUUUUUUGCUGCUGGAGGAGGACGACAGCGGAGCCUGCUAGCACUGAAUGGAGGCUACAUUUUAAGAAGAUAAGUCCUCUAACUUAUCAUUUCAAGGACACCAACCUGCUAAAUCAUCUUGAUAUUCAGAAAUCGUUUGUUUCCAGGCAGACUGCCUUAGCAGCCUUGACCAUGUUGACGUGAAUGUAAGAGCGGCGCAGGGUCGCAAGGCCUGGCUCCCUUAGCAACAUAUCCACCAUGCCACAUUGAGUUGGCUUGCUCUCUUUGCUUUUUUCUUUUUGUGGCUUUUUUUACAUGGAUCGAGCUGGCCUCCUGCAUUGAACCUUGCUAUCUCAGCACAGUAGAACUUCAGCUGCCACUUUUCCCAGGAAGAGCCAACAAGCUACACCAACCAAAAAGGACGGCCUCUGCGUGCUGAGGAGACGUGGAAACUCUUUUUCCCCCUGGACAUUUUUAAUCCGUGUAUCACCAUUAGUCAGCCCCGACUAGAGUUUUCCGUCCACUCCUUUCGCUGCUGCUGCUCUCGUGUUCCUCUGUGAUGGCUGUCAGCAUGAGCAUGGGGCGGGACACCAAAUGGUUGACCCUGGAGGUAUGUCGUGAGUUCCAAAGAGGCACCUGCUCGCGGUCGGACGCUGACUGCAAGUUUGCCCACCCCUCCCGCAGCUGCCAUGUGGAUAAUGGCAGAGUCAUCGCCUGCUUCGACUCCCUCAAGGGCCGCUGCACACGAGAGAACUGCAAAUACCUGCACCCGCCUCCACACCUAAAAACCCAGCUGGAGAUUAACGGCAGGAAUAACCUGAUCCAGCAGAAGGCGGCGGCAGCCAUGUUGGCUCAACAGAUGCAGUUCAUGCUGCCCGGAGCACAGCUGCAGCCCAUUACAUCGUUCCCAUUGACACCCACCCUGGCAACGAGUCCCAGUAUGGCAUUCAGUCCGUACCUAAGCCACAUGGGCCCAGGCAUGGGCUUGAUGCCGGAGCUGCUGCCCACUACUCCCCUGCUGGUCCCUGGAAGUCCCACUGGCCUUGCCUCCGUGGGCAACGGCACCGCCACACAGAAACACGGGCGCACAGACAAGCUGGAGGUUUGUCGAGAAUUCCAGCGUGGGAACUGCACGAGGGGAGAGAGCGACUGUCGGUACGCUCAUCCCCUGGAGGCUGGCAUGGUGGACUGCAACGAGAACUCGGUCAUUGUUUGCAUGGAUUACAUCAAGGGCCGCUGCAGCAGAGAUAAGUGCAAGUACUUCCACCCUCCCACUCACCUGCAGGCCAGGAUCAAGGCUGGGCAGCACCAAGCUGGACAAAACACAGCAACUGCAGCCUUGGGUCUGCCACCAGGAGGCGUGCAGUCGCUACCAAAGAGGCCCAUGAUGGAGAAGAGCAACGGUGCCGCCUCCACCGCCACUGUCUUCAACCCCAACAUGUUUCACUACCAGCAGGCCCUAGCUAGCAUGCAGCUCCAGCAGCCGACCUUCAUCCCCACUGUAGAACCUUCUGAGCUUCUGACUCCUGAUCCAGUGGAGCUGCAGUGCGUUCCCAUGGAACCCCACCUCUGCCCCGUCCCCAAACUGCUGAUGGCGGCUCCGGUGGCGCUAAAUUCAUGGGACUGUUGCAGCAGCAGGUUUGCACACGUGAAGCUCUUCAUUAUUUGCUGCCAUUUGGUUGCCAUGGCACUCGUCCUCGCUAGCUAGCACUGGACUGAGUGAGUCAUCCAACUGCUGAAUGUGGACUCCAGUGCACAAAGAGGGAUCUCGGUUCAGUGGGACCUGUAAAAAAAACAAAAACCAUCACCAAAGCUUCUCCACGAUGACUCACCAUGCAGCUGUCAUGAUUGGCCGUGUGGGGGCAAGGGUCAAUAAACACGUAGGGUCCACUUGACAACAAGCUCACAUGUUCAAAGUUGUAUCGUGCCUUUAUGAUGCUUUUCACUUCGCCCGCAUUUCGUUUGAUAGAAAUAAAAAAGCCAUAAUUUGAUAAACUCAUGGAACAAAUGAAAAGUGUUGAUUCUUUCUCUCCUUUUCUUCUUGUAGUGCUUUCAUAUGCUUUGUGCUACUUGCAAAUUACUUUUCAGUGUAUGGAUUAGCAGUAUUAUUCUCAUUCUGAUUCUGAUUAAUAGGAGUACGGUACUGUGCCUAUGAUUCUGCCAUUUCUGUUUGACCUUUAAUAAAAGACAUCAUUGUGAUCUCAGCUGCUGUCAUUUUAUGUGUCUGACCCCAGGGACACAUUGUCCUCCCCCUUGUCCUCCCCCUUUCCAAGCCAUUUUGGCUGUUUGGGAUGGAAAUUCAUUUUGAUGGGUAGAAAAGAUCUCGCAAAUAUGGAAGCCCGUUUCCGGCACUCAAAGAA